CAGUAGGACCCAGGGGCCCGGAGAGCGCCCGCAGAGGGAGGGGCGGGAGCCGGGGUGAUUUGAGGGAGGUCUUUGGCUUUUUUUGGCGGAGCCAGGGCGCCCUCCGGAAACUUUUCCAACUUUCCAGAAGUUUCUCCGGACGGGCGGGGGGACGCCAUAUAUAGAUCUCGGGAGCAGGAAAGAGGCAGGGAGUGGAAUACGUCCGCCGCCCGCGUGAGUGACUCCGGUCUCGGUGCCAGCCUAGCCAGGCCCAGAAUGAAAAAGGCAGGCAUUGACCUCCCUCUGAGGCAGUUUCAAGCCCUCACAGGUCCCACGUGGUGCACAUGACUCACCUCCCAGCCAUGCGCUCCCUCCUGCCCAUCAGCACCUUCUGCCUCCUGGCCCUGGCCCUGGCCGCUGAGGUGAAGAAACCCUCAGCUGCAGCGGCUCCUGGUAUGGUGGAGAAGCUGAGCUCCAAGGCGGCCACACUGGCUGAGCGCAGCGCUGGCCUGGCCUUCAGCCUGUACCAGGCCAUGGCUAAGGACCAGGCGGUGGAGAACAUCCUGCUGUCACCUGUGGUGGUGGCCUCAUCGCUGGGGCUCGUGUCGCUGGGUGGCAAGGCAGCCACUGCUUCGCAGGCUAAGGCGGUGCUGAGUGCGGAGCAGCUGCGGGAUGAGGAGGUGCACGCUGGCCUGGGGGAGCUGCUGCGCUCCUUCAGCAACAGCACGGCGCGCAAUGUGACCUGGAAGCUGGGCAGCCGCCUGUAUGGGCCCAGCUCAGUGAGCUUUGCCGAUGAUUUUGUGCGCAGCAGCAAGCAGCACUAUAACUGCGAGCACUCCAAGAUCAACUUCCGCGACAAGCGCAGUGCCCUGCAGUCCAUCAAUGAGUGGGCCUCCCAGACCACCGACGGCAAGCUGCCCGAGGUCACCAAGGAUGUGGAGCACACGGACGGAGCACUGCUGGUCAAUGCCAUGUUCUUCAAGCCACACUGGGACGAGAAAUUCCAUCACAAGAUGGUGGACAACCGAGGCUUCAUGGUGACCCGUUCCUACACUGUGGGUGUCACGAUGAUGCACCGGACAGGCCUCUACAACUACUAUGACGAUGAGAAGGAGAAGCUGCAGAUUGUGGAGAUGCCCCUGGCCCACAAGCUCUCCAGCCUCAUCAUCAUCAUGCCCCACCACGUGGAGCCCCUGGAGCGCCUUGAAAAGCUGCUGACCAAGGAGCAGCUGAAGACCUGGCUGGGGAAGAUGCAGAAGAAGGCUGUGGCCAUCUCCCUGCCCAAGGGUGUGGUGGAGGUGACCCAUGACCUACAGAAACACUUGGCUGGGCUGGGCCUGACCGAGGCCAUCGACAAAAACAAGGCAGACCUGUCACGCAUGUCCGGCAAGAAGGACCUGUACCUGGCCAGCGUGUUCCACGCCACCGCCUUUGAGUUGGACACAGAGGGCAACCCUUUUGACCAGGACAUCUAUGGGCGCGAGGAGCUGCGCAGCCCCAAGCUCUUCUACGCUGACCACCCCUUCAUCUUCCUGGUUCGAGAUACCCAGAGUGGCUCCCUGCUGUUCAUUGGGCGCCUGGUCCGGCCCAAGGGUGACAAGAUGCGAGACGAGUUGUAGGGCUCCAGGGUGGGCAUGGGAUCGCAGGAGGCAGCUGAUAUCUCCUGAGACACAUGGGUGCUAAGGGGGUGGGGGGAGCUGAGGUACCAACCUUGGGUGUUCCAUGGGGUGGGGGUGGGAGAACAGGGCAGGCUUCCUGUGUGUCUGAGCAGACCUUCCCAGCCAGAAGUCACUCUGCUUGGACACGGGACCCCACAUGCGAUGCUGAGCCCAGAGAACCCACGACUCGUGGGACCUGGGCAGUAGGCACCAAGUCCUGCCCUCGCAGUCCUCGGAUCCAGCCUGCCUCAAUCAGUGUUCAUAUUUAUAGGUGUGAGACCGAAUUGAGCUGGAGGUGCAGCCCAGCGCUGGUGGGAUGGAGGCCCUUUCCCUGACACUACCACCGCCUCAGCCCCCUCCCCAGCUCUAUCCCAGUCUCCUCCCGAGUUCCCUCAACUUAAAACUAGGUGCUGCAGUGGCCCCGGCCCCAGUAAGGGGCAUCGGGAAGUCACUCAUAGGGGGCUCCUGGGGACUCUGAUCAGGCAUCACAGGGAUGAACAUUUUUUUCUCCUUUUUUAGAUUUUCGGAGAUGGGGAGGGAAAGGAAAAAAAGAGCCUUUGUUGCUAUUAAACCAAGAACUUAUUUGUACAACCUUUUUUUCAAUAAAACUUUUCCAGUGAAA